ACAAACUGACCAAGACACGCGAGCAUAGCUGCCACUGCCCGCCCGUCGACCGAUCGAAGAGUGAUUCGAGGUAGAAGAACUACAAGGGAUCAAUAAUGGCGGAUGACAUGGAGAGGAUCUUCAAGAGGUUCGACACGAACGGUGACGGGAAGAUCUCGCUGUCCGAGCUGACGGACGCGCUGCGGACGCUGGGGUCGACCUCCGCGGACGAGGUGCAGCGCAUGAUGGCGGAGAUCGACACCGAUGGUGACGGCUUCAUUGACUUCAGCGAGUUCAUCUCCUUCUGCAACGCCAACCCGGGACUCAUGAAGGACGUCGCCAAGGCCUUCUGAAUCUGUUCAUUUCACAUCAGCCGUCCGAUCCAGGAGCCGAUCCAUCUACGUACGGCUUCAUAUAUCAAUUUCAUGCAACUACGUACUCCGGUCCCCCGAUCGAGCCUCACCUUCACUUGAGGACGGCCCUAAUUUUGUUUCAUCAUUUUUUUUGCUACUAGUAGUAACUAGUGUUUAUCACUAUUGCAACAUUUAUUUUCUUUAUAUCAUCACAAGUUUCCUGCGUUUCUUUUCUUUCUCUACCUUUUUGCCGAUCAUCGGCUUCAGCUCGAUCGAAUGAUCCGUGCUGCUAAUUAUUUGUGUACGGGUGAUUAAGUAACUUGUGCACUUGUGCUUACAAUUAAUCAGUUGAAGCAU